AUGAUCAUGUAUACCCUUGGAAGAAGGGGAUCCCCCCGAAGGGGUGUGAUCAGCCCUCUGUACAAGUUCGCCACCCGAGGGGUUAACACACACAAGGGAGACACUACAGAACCUGAUAAAGGGAUACCGCCCUCUUCUAACGACGGAUCCACCCCUGAUGUGGAGGGCUUGUUGGUGAGGUACAAAAAUCUGGGCACUAAAGACAAAGUCCACCUAAUCACUACCCACCUACGAAAUAUAAAAGAUGCGGACAUCAGUACGAUAUACAAUUUUGUGAGAGAAAAAAAACCUGUGAGAGGAAUGCACCAACAGGAGCACAACGAACCGAACGAACAUGAAAGGAAAAGGAAAAUAAAAAUACUUAAAAUACAAAAGCCACCAUUCAUGCAACAAAGAAGUAGUAAAAAAACUUCGCGAAGUAAUUUGUCCUUCAAGAAUGACUACAACAGUGAUGAAUACGUGGAGUGCCUGGAGAAGGAGAAGGAGUUGAAGGGUGCAGAGCAGUACACACUGGUUGAAGAUUUGUACAAGGCAUACAUCUAUAGCAGAGCCUUCACGACCUUGUCGAACCAAUACAGGACGAAGCAUACCAUAUCGAAUGACUUUCUACAUGUGAUGAUUCGAGCUAUAAGAAGUUCCAUCAUGGAGAGAGUAAACCCCACACUAGUGAACGAAUUUGCUAACUUCAAAAAUCCAUAUAUGCUGAUGAAACAUGCUUUUGAAAAUUUUAUUCUCCAUGGACAUGUAAAGAACCCAUAUGAAGAAUCGCUCAUUUCGGAACAUCUCAAGAGAAAGACGUAUCUGAACGUUUUAAAGCUCGACAGCGCCGAGGUACCUGUGGAGGUGUAUGAGCCUUUGGCAUCCUUCCGUGGAGAUGUGCAUUACAACUACGAUGUGAAGGAGAAGUUUGCCAGUAUCAUUCGUACUCAACUGGAUAUACUUGGCGUGAUUGCGGGGGGAGAAACUCACGCGAUGAGUAAUUCUGCGGGUGAUGACGCCACAGAUAAUGAGGGCGCUUCGACCUCCCUGAACACCGUGCUACGAAUACUACCGGAAAACGCGUGUGCUCCAUUCGAAAAUUACCCCUUCGAUAACCUCAAGGCCUUGAAGACGCAAAUGAGGAAAAGGUACAUGGGUGGUAUCAAAAACAGUAAGCCUAUCAACGUGGAAGAUGAGGAGCUGAGCCAUAUGAGGUACCCAAACCUACAGUCAGUUGCACAUUCCUUGCCAUCAGAUUCUAAAUAUAGAGCAAAUGUUAUACACGCAAUUAAGGUAUUGGAAAGAUCCAAGCAUUGGGACCAUGCCAGUAAAAUUAAAGCUAUCAACACCCUCGUCGAUGUCUGGAAUAAUAUGCACGCUAGUGAUCAUUAUGAGAACUUGAUGGAUAAGUGCCUACCCGUUAUUUACACCAAGGAUAUGUUACGCAAAACUAAGACUAGGCGGGACACAUACAACCGGGGACUCGUCUACGUGCAGUCCCUCACCACACAGAAGCCACUCGGCGCGCGACAGAAAAAGGGCUAA